UGCAAAAAAGUUCGCCAUUAAAAUACAACAAAGAAGCAUAAAUCGAGGAAACAAAAUCAAGAAUAUAACUGAGAAGAUAAAUUUAGACGCAAAAAAUUUGCAUUUGGCUUAUGAAUUGUUGCACAGUUCUUCAGAAGAUUUAAAUACAAGCAUGAGUUUUCCUAUGAUAGUAAUGCUCGUCUCGUCUGGAAUAAUUAACACAAUGUUGAUUAAAUUUGGAUUUAAUAAUUUUGAAAUUGUUAGCAAUUCAAAAGGCGAUGCUAUGUUCAAACACGUAUUAAGGGGAUACACAAUAUUGCAAUGUGUUAAGACAACAUUCCUCAUGGCUAUACCAUGUUACAUCUCAAGCAAGACUGCUCAACAAGUUGCAGAAAUACGAAGAAUAUUAAAUGAUGCUAUACUAAGAAAAGAAGAAGAUAAAUUGGAACGACGCAAGAUAAAAGCAUUUUACCAACUUGCGAGAGACAACGACUUCAGUUACGUGCUGUGGGGCCUGAUCAGACUGGACAUGUCGCUGCCGCUUAGCUAUUCCGGACUUUGUGCAACUUAUCUAGUCAUCGUUUUACAGUUUGAUAAAUUCUUUGAUUAA